AUGACAUAUCUUGACAAUAAAAUCCCAAUGUCAUCGUAAAUAAUCGUUAAAGAAAAAUCGUAAAAGAGUUAUUUGCAGUUAAUUUAAUUUAGUAAUCAUGUCAAUUAGACAGGUAAUGAAAGGUAUACCAUCAACAAAUCUACCAGUAAAGGGCAUUUUAGAAAAUGACUGGGAAGUUUUAACGCCGCAUCAAGAUGAAUGUAUUAAACGACUAGGAAUGACAAUUCAGUUGGAACAAGAAGCGUAUUUAACAAUGCAUCCCGAGAUUAAAUCCAUGAUGUCUUCUUUUGUCACUAAAAUGAUUCAUUUGGGUAAGAGAAAGGAAAUGUUAAAAGAAGCUGCCGAGUAUUUCACAAGGCCAGCUGAAGUCAUUGAUAAAGAAAUAAGAGAUUCGCUCGGAGUAUCCUCCGAUGCACCAUACUUGCAGAACGAUAAAACCGUGUUUCAAUAUGAUGACGAAGAUUUGAUACCAGAUUUACAAAAAAUAUAUACUAAAUUUAAUCCACGACAAUAUAUCGAAACUCCUGAAGAAAGUAUCGGUCAUAUAAACACGGAAUCCUCAUCGUUUAUAUCAAUUGUUACUUCGACUACCACCGUUCCUACACCAGAACCUGUCCCAACACCGGAACCUACAUUAUCGGAGACUAUGUUCGCACUUGUUUCGAAUACGGUUGAUAAAGCUGUAUACCAACAUGUUAAUGAUGAUAUACUCCGCUACGAUACCGCUUACGUAGAACUUACAAAGGCUGUUGAGGAAGCCAUGGAAAUACCAGUUAUAGAAGUUCGACAAGACAUAGCUGAAUUAUUUUUCAAUGCGUUCAAUAUGUUCGAGUACGAUAUUAUGGCAAAGGAAAAACUUGAAAACGUUACAGGCUAUGAGACACCGCCGACACCUAAGAGCGAACCUUCUUCGCACGAAAGUUACAAAUCGCCUCCACCUCGCCCAUGCAUUUGUCAUCCGCAAUAUAAUUAUAAUCGAUAUCCUAAGGAUCGUUUUGGAAUAUAUCUGCCGUAUGGUUUGUCUGAGUUUAGCGAAGGUAAUGCAACAGUAACUCCCGCGAUAUCUGUAGAAGAUUUGUCUGAGGAACAAGCUGAAGAGAAAUGCGAUCAGAAAUCGGUAAUGAGUAAAAAGUCCGCCACGUCUGGAAAGAGUGCAGCUAGCAAGAAGUGUGAUUUAGAAUAAUUAUUACUAGAAUAAUUUCAUGAAUGCAUUGGAAACGAAAGUUUUUAGUACUAUUCGAAUUAUAUUUUACUUUAUAAAAAAAUAAACGAAAUGAUUGAAU